CCUGCACCUCCUGACACACACACACAUACGGACGUGUGUGUAUGUGUGCAUAUUAAGAGGCAGAGAUGUAAAGUAAUGGAAGUAGAACAACAUGCGUACUCUGCUUCAGUACUAAUGUAUUAUUUGUACUUAAUUAAAGAAUAUUAAUUAUUUCUGCUUCAGAACUAAUGUAGUAUUUGUACUUAAUUUUAAUUGAAUAUUUUUUCCCCUCCUACUUACACUUUUACUUCAUUACAUAUUUUCGGCAAAUGUUAUACUGAGUAAGCGUAAUUAAGUUUACCUGAAGGCAGUGGUAAACCUGGCAAUGGAAGAACCCUUUGCUGACAUGAGAAUGAUGCAUCUGGGCUGUUCUAUUAAAAAGUUUAUUAGGCUUAAUUUACUUUAUUAACUUUCAGCACUUGUUGUACAUUUACUUUGAGCACUUGAGCAGUAAUUUUUAAUACUUCUACUUGUACUUUCAGGACUUGAGCAGUAAUUUUUAAAUGCAUCUACUUUGUACCGUCAUUGCUGGAGUAGUAAUUUAUGCAAUACUUAAGUACAAAACAUUUUGGACACUUCAGUACUUCCACUUCAGAGUGGUGUUUAAAGAACACUUCAACUUCUACUCAAGUCAGCUUUUUGACUUGUACUUCUACUCCCCAGUGUAUUUUAUACAUCUUGCGAAAGAUGGUAUCAAUGCAAGUGCCAGUGUGUCUGGUGGACAAUGGGCCAGAUGGGAAAAUGGCUGUCCAGCAGGGGGCGCUGCAGAUCCUGGAGCAGAUCCAGCAGCCAGUGGUGGUGGUGGCCGUGGUGGGGCUCUACCGCACGGGGAAGUCCUACCUCAUGAACUGCCUGGCCGGACAACAGACAGGUUUUGCCCUGGGCAGCACCAUCGAGUCCAAAACCAAAGGAAUAUGGAUGUGGUGUGUACCUCACCCCAGGAAACCAGGACACACACUGGUGUUGCUGGACACUGAAGGAUUGGGAGACGUGGAUAAGGGUGAUGAGAGGCAUGACACAUGGAUUUUCUGUCUGGCUGUUCUGCUCAGCAGCACUCUGGUCUACAACAGUAUGGGCACCAUUAACAAUGACGCCCUGGAGAAACUACAUUACGUGACGGAGCUGACAGAGCACAUCCAGGUGAAGAGCGUCGAGUACAGCCAGAGCACGGAGCUGAUGCAUGUCUUCCCCUCCUUCAUCUGGACCGUCAGAGACUUCGUUCUGGAGCUGAAGCUGAAGAACGGCCAAUCCAUCACUGCUGACGAGUAUCUGGAGAACGCACUCAAGAUCAAACCAGGACAGCAAGGGCGGCACAACCAGGUGCGGCAGGGCCUGAGGGAUUUCUUCGCGGUGCGGCACUGCUUCGUGUUGGAGCGGCCAGCAAAUGCCAAAAACCUGAAGAGGAUGGAGGAGCUGACGGAUGAAGACCUGGACGAGAGCUUUGUUGACGAGGCGAAUAAAUUCUGCAACUAUAUCUUCGACGAGGCCCAGCCCAAAACCAUGAGGGGCGGUCUGGGAGUCACUGGCAGGAUGCUGGGCUGCCUGGCAGAGACGUACGUGGAGGUGAUCCGCAGUGGCAAGGUGCCGUGUCUGGACAGCGCUGUGGAGUCGCUGGCGCUGACCCAGAACGGGCGGGCCGUGGCAGAGGCUCUGGCCCACUACCAGAGAGAGAUGCAGCGCCGGGUGCAAUUGCCCUCCGAGACACAGGAGGAGCUGUCCAAGAUCCACUCUAAUGCCAGCACAGAGGCCAUCAGCAUCUUCACCAAGGCCUCCUUCAACGACAACCAAAAUGUGUACCAGGAUCAGCUCAUGACGAAGAUGGCGGAGGAGUAUGACGAGUGGUGCUGCCGUAACGUUGACGAGUCUCAGCGCGUGUGCGGUGAGGUGCUGAAGCGUGUGUUUGCCGCCUUGGAGGCGAGUGUGUCCGGCGGGGCCUACAUGAAGCCAGGAGGCUACGAGGAGUACAAGACGGCCCUGGACAACGCCACACCCUGGAGAGAGGAAGUCCUGCUGUCCUACCUCAAGGACAAGAUGAGUCUUGGAGAGAGCAUCUUGGCUGCAGACAACUCACUCACAAAAAAAGAGCAACAGAGGCAAGGGCGGUGAAGGAGUCACUUGGAGGCCAUCAGACAGAUGGAGGAGAAGAUGGCGGAGGAGGGGAAACGCAGGCAAGAGGAGCUGGACCAUGUGCUAGCGGCAAAACUCAAAGGCAAAGACCAUUAAGAACACAGUGACUGUGAAUGUGGAACUGACGGCAGAACAGUGGAAGAAAAAAUAUGAGAAGGAGAAAGAAAA